UUACGAUAAAACUUUGUUCGUGUUGUGCGUGUGUUAUAACUAAAAAAUACAAAAAAUCUAAAAAAAAAUAUAUUUGAGUGUUUUUCUUACAUAUUUAAAUUAAUUUAAACAAAAUACUAAAGUAUUAAAUUAAAAGUGUUGAUGUGUGUUUAAUUUCACAAAUAAUUCAUUGUAGCGGCAGAUUUGUUAACAUAUUACAAAAAUAGAAAAAACGUGAGGCUGCUCUGUACAAAAAAAGUCUCGUGUACUAUACAGAAGCUCUACGAACUACUUGUUACAAAUUUGUAUGUUAUUAGUUGGUUUUAAACUUAAUAAGUAAGAAAAACACCACAAAAAUGGUGGCCGGCCAGAAAUCAAGUCCACGGGAGCCUAAAUUUGAUUUAUCCAAAGUAUCGGCCCGUGUGGAUCGUGUUAAUGUUAGUGGUUUAAUGCGCACGCACAACGAUUAUGUAAUGAAAGCGGCCGAAAGCCUGUUUAAGGCUAAAAAUUUUCAAGAAUUAAUGGUGGAAUCUAUGCACGCAAAAUCUUAUUUACACGAAUUGGGCAUUUUUAAAGAUGUCAGCGUUCAUAUAGAUAUAAGUCGUGGUGAAAAUGCCUCCCCUAAUGGCUAUGAGGUUACCUUUAAAGGCAAAGAACUAUCACGUAUUGUGGGCUCGGUGGGUACUGAAGUGGGUCAAAAUGAAGGAUCUUUGCGUACAGAAUUGACGGUACCUAAUUUGUUUGGUCGUGGUGAAAGUAUUUCAUUACAAGGUUCCUAUAGCAGUAAACGAGCGAAUGAUAUACAAUUGAAAUUUUGGAAAUCAUAUUUCCAUACACGUCUAGUGGAUAAUAGACCAGAAGUAUCCUUUUCAUUGUUCCGUCAUAUUGAUCGUAUGGAUGUUAGUAAUUUCAAAAAUACAAGUUUGGGCUGCUUGGCUGAGUUUGCUGUUAACACCCUAAAGCCUAUAGAGUUAACCCACUCCCUACAAUAUGAGGCCUCGGUACGAGAAGUAUCUUUACUUAUGAAAAAUGUACCCAUGGCUAUACGAGAACAUUGCGGACCAAAAUUAGCUUCCCUUCUGCGUUAUUCGGUAAUCUUCGAUCAACGUGACAAUCCUGUUUUUCCUACACAAGGUCUAAUGAUAAAAUCUAUCAAUGAAUAUUGUGGUUUGGGUGGUAAUGUGGCAUAUGUUAGUAAUAAUACACAUGCCGAGGUUAGUGUGCCUUUAUUUGGUGGCCUAGUGGCUCAAGUAUGUGGACGUGUGGGUAUUAUUAAGGAAACAAAACAAACCACAGUAUUGCCCAUUAACAAUUUAUACUAUUGUGGAGGACCUUUGACUUUAAGAGGUUUUAAAUAUGGUGGUGCGGGGCCGGUAGUAGAGGGUACACCAAUAGGAGCACAGACUUAUUGGUCAACGGGCUUUCAUUUAUGGGCACCUUUACCUUUUAAUAAAGUAUUUAAAGGUUUGGCUGAUAAUUUCCGUACACAUUUGUUUUAUAAUGUAGGAAAUUUCAAUACAUUUACCACGGAAAAUUUGCGUACUGCUGCUGGCAUUGGUGUAGCAUUUAAAUUGGCUGAACGUGCUCGUAUAGAAUUAAACUAUUGUGUACCUUUGCGCAAAUGUGCGGGUGAUAGAGUGGAAAAUGGUUUUCAAUUUGGUAUUGGCUAUGAAUUUGUUUAAGUGUUAUACUAUUUUAAUUGUACAUUAAACAAAUUAGUUUAAAAUAUUUCCUAUACUAAAAACAAAGAAUAUAUAAAAAGGCUAUAUUUUACUUAUUUAAACAAUAAGAUUUUAUUAAACGAAAACUCUAUAAAAAACAGAAAAAUCAAAUCCUAAUGAUAAGCAACAAGAAAUUUGUUAAAAAAAACUACAUAUAAAACAAUUGUAAAUGUUUAAAUUAUAUAAAAUAAAAACUAUUCACAAAAUACCGAUACUAACCAAAAGAAUACAAAUACAAAAUGGCAUUAUUCACAAUAUUAUAGAUAAAUAACUAGUAAAUAGUUAAAAGUAACAUUUAGUUUAAUUACUAACUCUCUCAGUUGUAACAACUAACUAUUAGUAAUAUAAACAACAACAGCUUCUUUUUUUUAACAAAAAAAAAACACUCAUAAUUAAGAACUUUCUUUUUUGUUGUGUUGAUACUCUCUGUCAUAAAUAAUACUCUAGUUUUAGAAACUAAAAAGAAAUCAACUGCCGUUUAAACUAGUUGUUUAAUUAGCAACCAGUUAAAUAUGUAUUAAAUACAAAAACUUCUAAUCUUUUCUUUAUAAUUAUAAAGAAAAGUUUAGAAGAAACUCCAACUUCUAUUCUUAUAUAUUUCAUAAAUUAACUUUUACUUUUUAUUUUUCUUUUUUUUAAAUAUUUAUUUUUGUGCACCCUUAACUGCUUAAAAAUAUUGUAUAAUAUCUUUUAAUAUAUUAAUUGCUUUUGGCACUUGAUCCUCAUUUUUUUAUACAUAUUUUGCUUAUAAAAAUGAUAAUAAGUGCAAUAUUUUUUUUAUAUUUAAGCAUGUAACUUCUCAAAAAGUUUUAAAUAUCCAUAUUAAUUUAUUCGGAAUCUUUAUUAUACUUUCACUUGUAAACAUGUUUACGAAAAGUUUUACAAUUAUAUUUUGUGCAAAAGUAUAAACAAAAUUUUUUAGCUGGAGAAGUGCGUACAUAAUAAAUAUUUGCUAAAAUAAACAGUAAAUGUUACAGAAAAAA